AUGUCCUCAAUUUCUGAGUGCUUAUCUUAUGAACUGAUUUCAAGUAAUGAUGAAUUAAUUAAGUUAUAUACUGGGUUACCCAAUUCUAAAAUCUUUGAUUUACUGAUGGUAAUAUGUGAAAAUAUUGAGAUAAAUUAUUAUUUAAAAUGGAAAGUUGAAAAUAUUUCUAUGCAUGAUCAAUUGUUGAUUACCUUAAUGAAACUAAGACUUAAUUUGCCACAUGUAGAUCUUGGCCAACGAUUUAAAUGUAGUCAGGCAACCAUAACAAACAUUUUUAUGACUUGGAUCCAUAUUCUGUAUGAAAACAUUUUCUUAGUAUUUAUGUCUAAAAUUCCAUCAAAAAAUAAAAAUAAGCUAUGUCUACCAAAUUCCUUCAGCACAUUUACUAACUGUAGAAUUAUUCUUGAUUGUACAGAAAUUAAAACUGAUACUACUAGAGUGUCUAUGGUUACACAAAAAGCCACUUUUAGUAGCUAUAAACACUAUCAUACAUUGAAAACCUUAAUUGGUGUGGCACCAAAUGGUGUUGUUACAUUUGUAAGCGAUUUUUUUCCAGGUUCCACUUCAGAUAAAACAAUAACACUGAAAAGUGGUGUUUUAUCUCAAUUGGAACCAGGUGAUUUAAUACUCGCAGACAAGGGAUUUUUAAUUCGUGAUAUUUUACCUCCAAAUGUAUACUUGAAUAUACCUCCAUUUCUGGACACUCCACAGUUCACACCAGAACAAGUUUUACUUACCGAAACUAUUGCUAAAGCUAGAAUCCAUGUAGAGAGAGCUAUUCAAAGAAUAAAAUGUUACAGAAUUUUAGAUCAUAUACCUACAUCUCUGUUAUCCCAAGCUGACUAUGUUUUUAAAGUUGUAGCAUCGCUCACUAAUUUUCAGUAUCCACUAAUUAAAGAAAUACAAAAUAAAAUGUAA